AUCGAUAGCGCCCAAGGUUUUUGCAUCGCAGUUAUUAUUAUUAUUAUUCUACAACAAAAUGCGGAGCCAGCGGUUUCUAUUUGUGGCCAUUUUGGCCUGUUUUUUAGUGAUAACUAAAUCCACGCCCAUAAGUGACAUAUCGGAUUCGGAUGAAUCAACGUCUGCGAACGAGAAGCCGCAGAAAAGUCCAGAUGUGGAUCUUGGUAUAUUCUCUAUGGAUGCCGAUGAUUCCCUGGAGGAUUCUUUCAGGGAGAUGUACGGCCAGGAUCACAACUGGGAUGUGCUAAUCUUCACGCAACAAUGGCCGGUAACCACCUGCUACCACUGGCGCGAGGAAAAUCCCGACCAGGAGUGCAGUCUGCCCCAAAAGAAGGAGUUCUGGACCAUACACGGCAUCUGGCCAACGAAAUUGCAUCAAAUGGGACCCAAUUUCUGUAAUAAUUCAGCCAAUUUCAGCCCCGACAAACUAAAUCCCAUUGAGGACCGCUUGGAGACCUUUUGGCCGGAUCUAAAGGGAGAAGAUUCAACGGAGUGGCUGUGGAAACACGAGUGGCAGAAGCACGGAACCUGUGCCAUGCUUUUGGAAGAACUGGACACCGAACUCAAGUACUUCGAACAAGGUCUCACCUGGCGAGAGGAGUACAUAAUGUCGGGCAUUCUUGACGCCUCCGAUAUCCAUCCCGAUUCUAAUAACACGGUGGCGGCCAUCAACAAUGCCAUUGUCAAGGCGCUGGGCAAAAAUCCUUCGAUUCAUUGCCUCUACGAUGGGAAACGCGGCAUCAGUUAUCUUGCGGAGAUCCGCCUUUGCUUUAGCAAAUCCCUGGAGCUCAUCGACUGCGAUGGCGUCAAGCAGGGCGAUGCAGUACCCGUUGGCGUUCCCGGAGGCACUAUCAUUACCAAUUGCCACAUUGGUAGCCUGGUUCAUUAUCCCAGUUUGGUGCCAUCGCUGCAAAGGAAAAGCCAUUGGAAGUUACCCCUGGUCAACGUCUACAAAUUGCUGCAGUUCCUCAUGUGGUUCACCUUGUAAACAGCCCAAGUUCGAGAGCAUUUCGAGGCGCGCCUUAGGAGGACUCACCGUUAACUCCACUAUUCUGAUAUUCUUCCACUAAUUUGAAUUACUGGAGAUCCGGAGCUUAACAAUCAUAAGCGAAAAAAACAAACGUUUUUUAUAGCUGCAAAUUUAGUAAAUUAUCAACAGAAGAGGUCAUAUUUUACAUUAUCAGUGCUUAAACAAGUUAAGCAUUUCUUAAAUUCACUUUUGUUGACCACAUCCAUCUGUUUACCUUAAAAAAUUCGAAGGUAUUAUUUAAAUUAGACAAAAUUUAACAAAACUAUUGAUUUUCAAGCGAUCUAAAAAUUUUACAGUUAUUAGUUUUUAAGCUCACUUUUGUUGGCAUUAUCUCUGCUUAUUUUUACCACUGAUUUAAUGAAAUUGGCGGAAAUAUACUUGGAUGUUUUCUCUUAAAGGGUUAUAAGAUUACCUUUAAUUUAAAAAACGACAUAUGUACUUUAUAUUACAUACUGUGAAUUUAAUUAAAUGAGUUUUAAAAAUGUAAA